GCGGCCCGUGCAUGAAGGCCUCGCGAGAGUUACGGGGCAGCUGGCGUUUUUCGGCCAGGAAAGUCAAAAGCACAGGUCUUGGCGUUCUCGCUCGCUCGUGAGAAAUCAGACCAGACUACUUGGUAAAAUGACCUCUUGUGUUGCUGAAGAACCUAUUAAAAAGAUUGCUAUCUUUGGAGGGACUCACGGAAAUGAGCUGACAGGAGUGUUUCUAGUUACUCACUGGCUAAAGAAUGGUGCUGAAAUUCAGAGAGAAGGGCUGGAAGUGAAACCAUUCAUUACCAACCCAAGAGCAGUGGAGAAGUGCACCAGAUACAUUGACUGUGACCUGAAUCGGGUUUUUAACCUUGAAAACCUUAGCAAGGAGAUGUCUGAGGAUUUGCCAUAUGAAGUGAGAAGGGCUCAAGAAAUAUAUCACUUGUUUGGUCCAAAAAAUAGUGACAAUUCCUACGAUGUUGUUUUUGACCUUCACAACACUACUUCUAACAUGGGUUGCACUCUUAUUCUUGAAGAUUCCAGGAACGACUUUUUAAUCCAGAUGUUUCACUAUAUUAAGACUUCCUUGGCUCCAGUACCCUGCUAUGUUUACCUUAUCGAGCAUCCUUCCCUCAAAUAUGCAACCACUCGUUCCAUUGCCAAGUACCCUGUUGGUAUAGAAGUUGGUCCUCAGCCUCAGGGUGUUCUGAGAGCUGAUAUUUUGGACCAAAUGAGAAGAAUGGUUAAACAUGCUCUUGAUUUUAUACAUCAUUUCAAUAAAGGAAAAGAAUUCCCUCCCUGUGCUAUUGAGGUCUAUAAAAUAAUGGAGAAAGUUGAUUACCCAAGGAAUGACAGCGGAGAAGUGGCCGCCGUUAUCCAUCCCAAUCUGCAGGAUCAAGACUGGAAACCAUUACACCCUGGAGAUCCCAUGUUUGUGACUCUUGAUGGAAAGAUUAUUACGCUGGGUGGUGACUGUACCGUGUACCCGGUGUUUGUGAAUGAAGCUGCGUAUUAUGAAAAAAAAGAAGCAUUCGCAAAGACAACUAAACUAACACUCAGCGCAAAAAGCAUCCGCUCCACUUUGCACUAAAAGUCACCGCAAGCUCACAGUUCUAGGGAGUCUUGCAAACCUCGAGAACUCUGUGAGCGCUCCAAGAGCAGAGCUGUGCCUUAUUCUCAUUCUUUUCCUCAGCACUUGCCCCCAUGCCUCAUGUAGUAAGCAUCCAGGCCAGUUUCUGAAAGGAAAGAAUAAAUUAAUAAACGUCUUUCAAAUAUA